AUGAAACACGACAGAGAAAUUGUAUUGGCAGCUGUACAAGAGAAUGGUUUUGCUCUCGAGUAUGUAGGUGAAAGGAUGAGAAAUGACAAAGAGAUUGUUUUAGAAGCUGUCAAACGAACAUCUCAGCCAUUAGAAUGUGCAUCUCAAGAUCUUUUGAAUGACAAAGAAUUCUUAUUAGAAGUUGUGAGAUGUGGAAAUAAUGGAAUUCUCAACUAUUUGCCAAAUGAUAUUGCUUUUGACAAAGAAUUUGUAUUACAAGCAAUCAAACUCAACAGUUUUUGUAUUGGAUCGUAUGGAUUUGCCCAUUUUAUACCACCCUCAUUGGCUCAUAUUGUAUCAGAUAAGGAACGCGACAUGUUAGAAGUAGUGAAGAAUAAGCUCUUAAGUGCAAUGGUUAUGUUUUGGAAUAUAGUGAUGAAUUAUAUCGAGCGAGAAUGCACUAUUGUUAUCAUGAUGCUUAUUUGA